GGUCAACCAGUGUGGCUUUUUGUUAACAAUGGAAAAGCUCUUUGGGAGCCAGCAUUGAUUGUUGAAGCUGAACCGCUAACUGUACAAUGCAUUCAAAAUGUUAGGGGUCAAACAGUUACGUUGGAGAAUACAGUUAGGCUUACCGAACGAAAAUUAUUCGAUCCAAAUGUUGAAAAUUUAGCUACUAUACCUGAUGAAUCGGAAUCAGCUUUAUUAUUUGCUUUGCGAAAACGUUUCGAUGCAAAACGUUUUUAUACAUUUGCUGGUGAUGUAUUAAUAGUAUUAAAUCCAUAUGAUGCAUUUUCAACAAUUUACGAUGAUACAGUGCAAAAAUUAUAUCGACAAAGCAGUAAUCCAAAUAACUUACCAGCGCAUAUAUUUUCCGUUGCUCAGAAAGCUUUGUCGCGUAUUGAAAACGAGCAAUCGAAGCAUGAAUCAAUUUGCUUUUGUGGCGAAUCAGGUUCCGGCAAAACCUAUAAUCUAAUGCAUUGUGCUAAUUAUCUAAUUAACACUUCCACGCAGCAUAAUUUAAGACAAGUAAUUACUGUACAACAGUUAGAAGCAGUGGAACGUAUAUUUGAUGCAUUUGGAAGUGCUCGUACGUUGAAGAAUACGCAAGGAACACGAAUGAGUUAUUGUAUGGAAAUGUUUUAUCGAAACGCAACACUUAUUGGUUUUUCUAUUCAUACCAUUUUACCACAAUAUCAGCAACAACAACAAAUUCAAAUACACGUUGAACCUAGUCGAAUUGUUAGUCAACGACCUGGUGAAUGUAAUUAUAACAUAUUAUAUGAACUGUAUGCAACUAUGAGUAUUAAUGAGAAGAAUAAAUUGGGUUUAAAAAGUGGACAACAAUAUUUCUACUUGAAUCAGGGUAAAGUUUCAAUGGAUUCGAUAACGCUAUGUCAAAAAUAUGAAAUGCUAUGUAAUUCAUUAGAGUUAUUAGAUAUCAGUGAAAAUCAGCAGGAUUUCAUUCAACGUAUUUUGGCUGCUAUUUUACAUAUUGGCAAUUUGUUCUUUAAACUUAACAAAAGAAACGAUAUCGGAAAUGGAACGAAUUCUCAAUCAAAUGAUAUUGUGGCAAGCGUUGAAAUAGGUAAUGAGCAAGAAUUAAAAUGGUGCGCAUAUUUAUUAGAAGUUGAUUUGGAAUCGCUGUAUCAAUUGUUAACUCAGAAGCAAGUGAAAAGAAAUGAAGAAGGCGAAAUUACAUUAGUUUCAUUGAGCAUUGAACAAGCAUUAGAUGUCAGAGAUUCACUUGCCCAAUUAUUGUAUGAGCAAUUAAUUGAUUGGAUUCUACAACGUAUUAAUGCAACAACAAUGAAUGGAUGCAAUUUUGUUAGUAACAACAAUGUGGCAACAAUUUUGCUUACUGAUUGUUAUGGUUUUGAGCGUUCUACAAGAGCAAAUGGAUUUGAGCAAUUUUGUAUUAAUUUAUAUAAUGAACGUUUGGAAUGGUACUAUCAGCAAAAAGUGCUGAGAGAAUUACAAUGGGAAUAUCGAAAAGAUAAUAUUUCAGGAAUUGAUAUGCAAUCUAUUCAAUGGUUUAAUAAUGAGCCAGUUAUCGAAUUAAUCAUUAAGCGUCCUAAUGGAUUACUUCCAGCGUUAGAUGAUGAAUCGAAGUUUCCAAAAGCAUCUGCGGCUCGCUAUCUGCAACAAUGUAUUCUUAACCAUCAACAAUCCUCACGUCAAUUAUUUACUUCUAAAACAGUGGCAACAACAGCAACAACAGCAACAACAACAACAACAACUACUACUACUACAACAGUUGCUUCUAUUGCCAAUGCUAAAACAUUAGUGGAUAGAUAUGAUUUCGCUAUUCGCCAUUAUGCUGGUCAAGUUUGGUAUGAUUGCGCACAAUUUGUGGAGAAAAAUCGCUUAAAAAUUGGAUGGGAAACAAUAAAACUACUUGCUGCCAGUCAAAAUUCGUCUAUUGCUCAAAUGUUUCGUUGCUUGAUAACAAAUAAUAUAAAGUUGGCACAACAACAACAACAACAACAACAACAGCAGCAGUACUCAGAAGGAACAAUUUAUGUUGCUCAACAAUAUAAUCGAUCAGCAAAAGCACUCAUCGAUAAAAUGAAUAAAGGUUCAGUGCAAUUUGUACGUUGCAUGCGUAGUAAUCAAGAACGUGAAACAUUGAAGUUUUGUCCGCAAACAGUUGCACGACAGCUACGAUCACUUUCAUUGCUUGCAACCGUCAAUAAUCAUCGCUUAGGAUUUCCGUAUCGCAUAUCGUUUGAUCGAUUUGCCGCAAGAUAUCGUUGUUUUUUACCAUCGGAUAUAACUCGAUAUCAAACGAUAUAUGAAUUAACAAAAGAUAUCCUUGAACAACAGGGUAAUAAAUUUCAUCAACAUUACCGAUUAGGUAAAACUCAAGUAUUUAUGCGUGAACCAUUACGUGAACACUUAGAAACUCGACGUGAAACGUUACUUGAUUGCUCUGCUAUUGUAAUACAAAAAAAUAUACGUAAAUGGUUGGAAGAACGGAAAUUUGCAAAAAAACGACAUGCUACUAUAGUAUUACAAUCAGGUUUACGAGGAUGGCUUGCAAGACGUGAUGUUGAUCGUCGUCGAAAAGAAAUUCGUAAAGCUAUUGAUAUGGAAACACGAAAGAUACGUCGUUUAAAUUUGUAUACAGAAACCGAUGAUGGAUGUGAAAAUAAUAUAGCAUUAACCGAAGAACAUAAUCGAAUAGCCGAUUCGUCAUCACUAGCUGCUGUACAAUAUUUAGAUUUACCAAAAAAUGUUGAGAAAGAAUUGAAGAAUGGAUUAUUUGCUAACAGAUAA